AUGGCGGCGGUUGAACCGAAUGACAACGAUGUUCUCCAUUUUCACAACCCUGGUCGGCGACUUGCAAAUUUCAACAAUGAUCAUCCUGGAAACCAGGACAGGUUACAACUUGUGAGAGAAAGUUUUCAAGAGUUUUGGCAUGAGGAUACCACGAAGUUGGACAGACGUUUUAUUGUAAUAUUGGUCAUCCAAGAGAUUCAAGACAGAGGCGGGCGUUUCCUAAAGCAAAAUGAAAAUGGACAGUUUUCGGUCAUGACAGAUUAUGGAGAGAUCAAAAAGAAGACUAGGCCACUUUUUGACGGUAUGAAAUAUAGGGAAAACAGAAGGCAACCACAAAACAAUCCUGGUGACAAUAAUGAAGAUCCUGGUGACGAUAAUGCAAAUCCUGGUGACGAUAAUGCAGAUCCUGGUGACGAUAAUGCAAAUCAACAAGCACCUCGUCAUGCUGGACGAAUCAAUAACCCUCAUCCCGAUCCACAAUUAUUGCAACCGGCAAUGAAUACCGUCCUUCAACAGAUUCUGCAAACUCUUCAACAGCUUUUGCAAGGUCAGCAAAGACACAGCAAUGCAAUUCAACAGAUUCUGCAACAGCAGCCACAACAGCAGCCACAACCACAGCAGCAGCAGCAGCCACAACAACAGCCACAACAGCUGGCUGCAGUGAAUGAGGAUGUACUGGAUGUAUUCAAUGAAUUUCGAGGAAAUGGCGAGAACAACCAAGUGACACAAAAUGAAGAAUAUCGCUAA